CGCAAGACCGAUUUCAAUAUUGUAUUGAGAACGUUCCUACACGAGAUAAUUCUGUACAAUGAAUCGAGCGUAUUUCUUGUUGCUUUUAAUAGCGCAAUUAAUAGUUAUUUUAUGCGUUAAUGAAAAUAACGUUAUCCGUGAUUAUUUUACAUUCAGAAAAGUGGAACGGAUCGUCGGGUUCUCUUGUGACAAUCUAGAAAGUGCGUAGCGAACAUUUUGUAAAAAAUAUUUUUUUAAUUCGAACGUAUAAAAUCUUAUUUUUAUUCCAUAAAAAUCAGAUAACUUUAAACUUGCAAAAACGUUCAACAAUAUGUAUACUACGUAUAUUUCAAUGUUGAAUUCUACGGUUGAAUUGCGAUUAGAUGUUAAGAAAAUUCUAAGAGCAGAAUACCAUCGAUUAGGUAUUUUUUUGGAUUCUCGAUGCGAUCAUAGUCGAUACAGAAGAAUCCUAAUAGAUGUAAGUAAUUUAUCUUUUGAAAUAUUGAAACAUCAUAACAUUGAUGUAUGUAACAAUGUUAUGAUGUUUCAAUAUUGUCAUAUUUGUUCAUAUUUUUCAUUUAUAUUAUAUUUAUCCUCAAAUUAUGUAUUCGAUAUAUUUCUUUUUCUAAAUAUAAUUUUCAUUAUUAGAAUAAAUAAAAAAUUAUUCAAACUAUUCAAGAAUUAUUAAAAUUAAAAAUAGUUUAAUCUAUUGUAAUUAUUUAAUAAAAAUUCAAAAAUUUCAUAAUUUUUAAAUAAGAAAAAUAUCAUCAUAAUAAUUUUGAUUUAAAUUUCUCAAUUGUUAGAUAUAAAUGUCUAGAUUAUUAUAUUAUAUUAUUAUUAUUAUUAUACUUAUGUAGGCAACUAAAUAUUCUAUGUACGAUGAAAUGCAUAAAUGGUUAAUCUUGGGUUCAAAUUUAAGCCAUGUAUUAGAAAUAUUAAACGAUGAAACGUUUACUGUCUCUACUGACGUUAUAAUUGCUGUGCCAUCAGCAGAUAAUUAUAUUUUAUACGAUGUGUACAAUCCUUGUAAAGAUCGAGGAGGAUCAAUGAAUGUAACAUAUUUUGGAAUGUGGAAUUUUGAAACAGGAUUAAAUGUUAAUUUAAAUCAAUCGAAAUUCGCGAGAAGAUCAAAUUUGCAUGGAAUGAAACUUAAAGUUGGAAUUGUAGUUAAUUUUAAACCAGAAAAUAUGUCACUUCACGAUAUGAUGUUACAAUAUAACAUGAAAUCGAAAUAUGGUCGAUCGAAAUUUUUAUAUAUAUUACUGCAGCAUAUGUCUGACAUCUUUAAUUUCACUAUGGAAAUUGUACAAAUAAAUGCUCAAAGAAGAUUCGAUAAUUCUGGCCCUGUUUUCGCAGCUUUUAAAAAAAAGCUGAUAGAUUUUUCAGCAAGUCCAGUCGCGAUGAAAGUUGACAGACUACAUAACGGUGAUAUAAUUAGACCAGUCUGGCCAAUACGAUCGUGUUUCUUGUUUCGUACGAUUUCUUCGACAAAAAUUAAACCAGAUCAAUUUCUGAAACCUUUAUCCGUGAAAGUGUGGUAUGUGAUACUUGCCAUGAUAGGAGUCGUAACUACAAUUUUAAUUAUCUUUUUAAAAUUAGAAAAUAUUCGUACCCCCACAGAGAUUUACGGUCUCUCUGUUUUACUCACAAUAGGAGCAUUGUCACAACAAGGCUCUGCAUUUAUUCCAACUCGUUGCGCAAGUCGGAUCGCACUUCUACAAGUUUUAUUUUUUAGUUUGUUAAUUUUGAAUUAUUACUCUGCAAGUGUGGUAUCAAGUCGUUUGAAAAAUAAGGAGGAGAAGAUGAACGACUCUUUAAUCAGUUUGGCAAAAAGUAAUUUGAAGCUUGCAGUAGAACCUACGCCGUACAUUCGUUCCUUUCUUCAGGUAUCAGACAAAGAAGUGAAAUACUUUUAUGACAAUUGUUGGACGAAAAUACCAGAGUCGUAUAAAUACUUGCCCCUGGAAGAGGGACUUAAUCGUGUGGCGGAGGGUCGUUUAGCUUAUCACACGAUGACCGAUUCUGCUUAUCCAUACAUCGAACACACGUUCAAUCAUCGAAGUAUUUGUGAACUUACAGAAGUUCAUUUGUUCCGUGCUGUUCUCGCAUUUUAUGCAAGGCAUCACAGUCCUUUUACUGAACUUAUGAAAGUAGGUUUAACUAAAAUUCAUAAUGUGGGUAUCCAGAAACGUGAAUUGAUACGAUGGACGGCUAGAAAACCUUUCUGUCCGAAUAACCUACUUAUUGCUGAACCUCUAUCGAUUCAUGAAGCUGCGCCGAUUUUUAUGUUUUUGUGCAUCUCUAUUGUUCUAUCGAUUCUCAUUUGCAUUAUUGAAAAUAUGAUCUUCUGUCUUUUUUCGACACGGGAUAGUACAAUGCAUGGUAUUAUUUUCUUUAUUUUAUUGCAAUUUCUUUUAAUCUCUAAUGCACAAGAUCAUAUAUUCAUUCGUGAUUAUUUUUUGUAUAAAAAAGUACGAAAUGUUGUGGGAUUUUCUUGUGGUGAUACAAUAGGUGAUUUUAAUCUUCUGAAAACGCUAAGCACCACGGGUAUAUUUACGAUAAUAAGAGAGUCCAGUGUGAAGAUUGACUUCCGAAGAUUUAUGAGAAGUGAAACUUGGACAGUAGGCGUCGUAAUCGAUUUGCGAUGCCAUAAUGAAACUGCUGUACGAAUUUUCACAGAAAGUUCAAAAUAUCGAAUGUAUGAUUAUUCAUACAAUUGGCUAAUACUGGAUUCGAAUUAUAAUCACAGUAUUUCACUUUUGAACGAUACUGCUUACAAUAUAAUAACAGAUGUUGCUCUCGCUAUAUCGAACAAACAUGGCUUCGAUUUGUAUGAUGUCUUUAAUCAUUGCAAAUAUCGUGGUGGUAUGUUAAACGUUACUGAACUUGGUACUUGGCAUCUUGAUUCUGGAUUAAAGAUAUUUUUGACGCAACCAUUAAUUAACAGAAGGGCUAAUAUGCAUGGAAUGAGAUUAAAAAUAUCUGGAGUGAUUCAAUAUAGGCCAAAAGACAUGCGACUCGAAGAUUAUAUGCAGGAUAUAAAUACGAGAUCCUUAGAUAGUAUGCAUAAGUUUGUGCAUGCCAUGAUUUUACAUAUAGGAGAACUUUUUAAUUUCAGUGUUCACGCUUCAGAAAUAAUUUACUGGGAUCGACACAGUGUACACGGUUUGAUUUUCGAAUUUUUACAAUCGAAUUAUAUCGAUUUUGCCAGUAAUCCGAGAAUAAUGGUGUCUGAACGAUUAGAUUAUGCUAGUCUCAUCGGUGCAGCAUGGCCAAUUAAGCCCUGUUUCAUGUUAUUAUCGACCUCAACCAAUAAGAUUAAAUUAGAAAUUUUUUUGAAACCUUUUACACGUCAAACAUGGUACGUAUUUGCUGCUUUUGGAAUAUUUUUCAUAUUCAUUAUGAAAGUAAUAAUGAAUCGUGAAGAUGUCGGCAAAAGAGAAAAAUAUUCCGAUGCAAUUAUAUUGUCGGUCGGAAUUCUGUCUCAACAAGGUGCGAAUUUUUUACCAAAACGAUUGCCAAGCCGUAUAGCUCUAUUUCAAAUAACUGUACACAGUUGGAUAAUGUACAAUUAUUACUCUGCCAGUAUUGUAUCGGCUCGAUUAAGUGAGCCUCUCGACAUGAUGGAAGAUUCUGUAACUGUUCUUGCUGAUAGCAAUCUAAAAAUCGCGGCGGAAGCUGUACCAUAUUUAAACUAUUUCUUAUACAAUUUGAACUGGGAAUCGGAUUACUUUCGCAAAAAACGUUGGGAUCCUUUGCCAGAAUCGAAAAGAUACUUACCAAUAGAGGAAGGUAUUAGACAAGUGGGUCAGGUAUUUUAGCGUAUCACACGGAUCCAAAUACAGCGUAUCC